GAUGGUUUGAUCCAACAUUCAGGAAAGUUUCCUUCCGCAUGGAGCCGCAGUGUGAGCCCGACUCGGCGCGGCGAGGAGAAGUGUUAACAUGGCAGACAUGGACACUGAGACCAUCACACACACCGAGCCCAUGGCGGAGGAAGAGGAGCCUCUUUUCAGCAACCUGGACCUCUUCCUCUUUUCCCUCAUAGUCGGUCUUGUCAUUUAUUGGUUCAUGUCCCGAAAGAAGCCAGAGCCCAUCCCUGAAUUCAAGAAGCUCAACACACUAACACCCACCACAAGGGAGACGAGUUUCAUCGAGAAAAUGAAGAAAACGGGCAAGAACAUCAUUGUUUUCUACGGCUCCCAGACGGGCACAGGAGAGGAAUUUGCCAACAGGCUGUCGAAAGACGCUCAGCGCUAUGGCAUGAAAGGAAUGGCUGCCGAUCCAGAGGAGUAUGAAAUGGGCGAACUGUCCCGUCUGUCUGAGAUUAAAAACUCGCUCGCCAUAUUUUGCAUGGCCACCUACGGUGAAGGGGACCCGACGGAUAACGCCCAAGACUUCUAUGACUGGCUGCAGGAGAAUGAUGAUGAAGACCUCUCCGGACUUAACUACACUGUAUUUGCUUUGGGCAACAAGACAUAUGAACACUACAAUGCAAUGGGGAAAUACGUCGACAAAAGGCUGGAAGAACUGGGAGCCAAGCGCAUCUUUGACAUUGGCUUGGGAGAUGACGAUGGCAAUCUGGAGGAGGACUUCAUUUCAUGGAGAGAGCAGUUCUGGCCAGCCAUCUGUGAGCACUUUGGAGUGGAAGCCUCAGGAGAUGAAUCAAGCAUACGGCAGUAUGAGCUGAAGGAGCACACUGACAUCAACAUGAACAAAGUGUACACAGGAGAGAUUGGCCGCCUGAAGAGUUUUGAGGUCCAAAAGCCGCCCUUUGAUUCAAAGAACCCUUUCCUGGCCCCAGUCACUGUCAACCGCAGACUCAAUAAGGCUGGUGAUAGACAUCUUAUGCACCUGGAACUGGACAUAACAGGCUCCAAGAUCAGGUAUGAGUCAGGCGACCACGUUGCAGUUUUCCCAACUAAUGACUCUGUGUUGGUGAACAAGCUGGGACAAAUCCUUGGAGUGGACCUUGAUGUGGUUAUCUCUCUCAACAACCUUGACGAUGAGUCCAACAAGAAGCAUCCCUUCCCCUGCCCCACCACUUACCGCACGGCACUCACGCACUACCUGGACAUCACACAUCCCCCUCGCACCAACGUCCUCUACGAACUGGCACAAUAUGCCUCUGACCCCAAAGACCAGGAGAACAUGCGCAAGAUGGCCUCCUCCGCCCCUGAGGGCAAGGCUCUCUACCAGAGCUGGGUGUUGGAUGCCACUAGAAACAUCCUCGCUGUCCUGGAGGAUAUGCCUACUCUGAAGCCUCCCAUUGACCACCUGUGUGAACUGCUGCCUCGUCUCCAGGCUCGCUAUUAUUCCAUUGCCUCCUCCUCUAAGAUUCACCCAAACAGCAUCCACAUCUGUGCCGUAGUGGUGGAGUACAAUACCAAGACUGGCCGUGUCAACAAAGGAGUUGCCACCAACUGGCUAAAGAAUAAACUGGUCACUGACAAUGGCCACAAGUCCACUGUUCCCAUGUACAUCCGCAAGUCUCAGUUCCGUCUGCCCUUCAAAGCCACUAACCCAGUGAUCAUGAUUGGCCCUGGAACAGGAAUAGCUCCCUUCAUGGGCUUCAUCCAGGAGAGGGCCUGGCUCAAACAGCAAGGAAAGGAGGUUGGAGAGACUGUGAUGUAUUUUGGCUGCCGGCAUAAGAAUGAGGAUUACCUCUACCAGGAGGAGCUGGAGGAAGCAGAGAAGAACGGAGUCCUAACGCAGCUUAACGUUGCCUUCUCCAGAGACCAGGAGCAGAAGAUGUACGUGCAGCACCUCCUGAAGAAACACAAGGAGGACCUCUGGAAACUGAUUAAUUCAGACAACGCUCAUAUCUACGUCUGCGGGGAUGCGAAGAACAUGGCUAAGGAUGUGCAGACGACCUUCCAUGAGAUCGCAGAAGAAAUCGGAGGCAUGGUGCGCACCCAGGCCACAGAUUAUAUUAAAAAACUGAUGACCAAGGGACGCUACUCACAAGACGUCUGGAGUUAAAGCGCCUUUAAGCCCCGCCUCAUUCUCACUACACAAAUGGUGGUUUUAUUUUUUUUUAUUGUAUAUCUUUUAUAUACACAUAUAAUAAAGAAACUCAUCCUUGUUCAUGAAAGCUACAGGUUGCAGAAGAUCAUGAGGCAAACCCUACCUCAGCAGCUGAACCCAUUCAGCAUUUUCAAUCUGCAUUUCCUAUUUAUGUAUCUUAUUAUCCAUCUGCCUCUUUCUGCUGGUGUCCUCGCCUGAGCCAUUGUCUCAGACCAAACAACACAAACCAGGUCUUGUUUCCAGAGAUUGUUGGGUGUUGACUGGAUUCUGGUCUUGUUUCCAGAGAUUGUUGGGUGUUGACUGGAUUUGUGUAUUUUGUUGAUAAACUGCAACUAUGGGCCCUUGGAUUAGAUGCAGGAACCUGCCAGCUUGGGUAUAAAAAAUGUCAUCUUUUCUGAGACACAUUUAUUUUAUUUUUUUUAUAGUUGUGGGUUCAUCAGUUUGGCCGUGCAUCUUUUUUAAACAGAUGACGAUUGGGCGGAAAUUCCAUGUAUUUAGUGGGACAGAGAUGCACAAACUCCACCCUCUGGAUGAACAUUAAUUAAUUUGUCCGAAAAUAAUGAUUUCAAUUGAAAAUUUAGAUUUAAAAUGCCAUCAUGAAGUGUUUGAAGCUUUCAUCAAACUGAUUAACAGAUCCCCACAGAAGAUAAUAUCGCAUAAUAUAUGUCUAACAUAUGUCUAGUGUAUAACACUUAAGCUUUAGACAUGAAAAGGUGCUGUUAUCAGUUUUGCUCAGAGAUUAUCUGGGAGUACUCUUAAAGUCCUUAUAAAUGAAAAUGUUUUUAAAGCUCUGUAAAAAUUCUGUGAGGAAAAUGUUUUUUUUGUAGCAAACUGGCAUCAUAGGUACAUUGAAUAUUUACGUUUGUAUUUUGACAAGGGAUUUUGCCUUCUAUGCAUACGUUACUGUUCAUUUUAAUCUUUAACAAUAACUUUUCACGAGGCACAAAAAAGUGUUGCAACAGGGAGGAUCAUUUAUAGAAAACAAUUAGGUCAUUUACACUUUGACUCAAAUAUCUGCCUUUAAACAUGAUGAAAAUGAAUUUGGUAGGUACCCUGUAAUAUUUUUUAAGUGUGUGAAAUGUUAAACUUGAAACCAGGUCCAUCCACCCAAAUGGCAAUAAGUCAUUUUAUAUGCAUCUAACAGCAGAGGAUUAAGAAUUGGUUUGGUCUUAACAACCUCCUCUGGCUUUUUUUUCCCUUUUUUAUCUGGACCUAUCACAUAUGCAUCACUACAUGGAGACGAUAACCAGACAUGUCAAACAGUUUUGUGUCUUGCAAUAUCUGUCUUUCAGUGCUCAUCACUGUUGGAUGAGAUCGGCCAAGCAGUUUAAGUGCAACCUGUGCCUUUUAUUUUAACACAGCCUUAUUCUAUUCAAUGAUACAUAAGUAAGCAUUGAAACAAUGAAUCGUCACUGUCUUUUCUAUAUAUUCUUUUUCUUCCUUGCUAAAAUGUUGACAGUCCAAUUCAUCCGAGACACUUUAGCCCGAGCUUUCAAUUUUUGUCAUUCCACUUAAUGAUGUAAUUAUGUGAUUGUAUUAAGGCAUGGAUCUUUAAUUAAUAAAAUUUUUAAGAAUU